GAGCCUGGUCUGAUUAGGCGUAGUUGUCCAGCGGGUGCUGCAGCGGAGCGAUUGGCGUCGUCCCAGCGGGGUGCCGAGUCCCGCGUUGCAAGCGAGAGCCUGGGGCUGUGACGACCCGGGGCGGUGGGCAGGACCGGGCGCGCGUGCGCAGGAGCCGCCGUGGGAACGCAGCGCCGCGGCCUCGGUGGAAAGACGGAAAGCUGCUAGUUAACACCAACAUGGCCGCCGCCGCCGCCCGCCUCCUGGCUCCUUCCAAGAAACAUUAAGUGCCUGUUAUGUCUCAGUGGUGAAAAGCAGCAGGGGCAGUCAUGGGAGAAUCCAUGGACUGUGGAGGUGUCAGUCUGGUGGAGCAGCGGCAGGAACAGCCACACACACACAAAGAACAAAAGCUCAAGAUCAGCCAGAGAAGAGGAAGCCUAAAACUGGAGUAUUAAUGCUAAACAUGGGAGGCCCAGAGACACUGGGAGAUGUUCAUGACUUCUUACUGAGGCUUUUCCUGGACAGAGACCUGAUGUCACUUCCUGUACAAGACAAACUGGCUCCAUUCAUCGCCAAGCGUCGCACUCCCAAAAUUCAGGAGCAGUACCGUAAGAUUGGAGGUGGUUCACCAAUCAAAAAGUGGACUACCAAGCAAGGAGAAGGCAUGAUAAAGCUUCUGGAUGAGAUUUCUCCACAUACAGCUCCUCACAAAUAUUACAUUGGAUUUCGCUAUGUCCAUCCUUUAACAGAAGAAGCAAUUGAAGAAAUGGAGGAAGAUGGACUUGAAAGGGCUAUUGCUUUCACACAGUAUCCACAGUACAGUUGCUCUACCACAGGUAGUAGUUUAAAUGCUAUUUAUCGAUAUUAUAAUAAAGUUGGGAAGAAACCAAAGAUGAAGUGGAGUACUAUUGACAGAUGGCCUACCCAUCCUCUUUUCAUUGAGUGUUUUGUAGACCACAUACAAAAAGAACUGGACCUGUUUCCACCAGAGAAGAGGGGUGAGGUGGUUAUUCUAUUCUCUGCACACUCUCUGCCAAUGUCUGUAGUCAAUCGAGGUGAUCCUUAUCCUCAAGAGGUAGGAGCUACAGUCCAAAAAGUAAUGGAGAAGCUGGGAUACUCCAACCCUUAUAGACUUGUCUGGCAGUCUAAGGUUGGUCCAAUGCCAUGGUUGGGGCCACAUACAGAUAAAACUAUCAAAGGACUUUGUGAGAGGGGCAGAAAGAAUAUCCUUUUAGUACCUAUAGCAUUUACCAGUGAUCAUAUCGAAACCUUGUAUGAACUAGAUAUCGAGUACUCUCAAAAAUUAGCAAAUGAGUGUGGAGUUGAAAACAUCAGAAGAGCAGAAUCUCUUAAUGGAAAUCCAUUGUUCUCCAAGGCACUGGCUGAUUUGGUUCAUUCACAUAUCAAAUCAAAUGAAAUGUGCUCCAAGCAGUUAACUCUAAGCUGCCCACUCUGUGUAAAUCCUGUCUGCAGGGAGACAAAAUCCUUCUUCACUAAUCAACAGCUGUGACACAUGGUCUGCGAAGCCAGUUGGAUUAGUCAGGAGAAGAACUUCCUGGGGUGACCCCACAAACAUCCCAAAGACCACUCAUUUGGGGGGAAAAUGUUUAGAAGUAAAGGAAUGAAAUUACAUUUCAAUGUUGACAAAUCCUUUGGUACGUUUUGCUUGAUAUUAUGUAGGUAGUGAUUCUUAAGAUCCCUGUAGAAGGAAUUCUAUUUUUAUGUACUUAAUAUAUUGUGAGCAUUCACAUUUUAUUCUUUUAAAUAUACUGGCAUUCUUUAAGUAGUGGUAGCAUAAUGGCCAGUUGGCUGUUUCAUUUAAAUAAUAAACAGAUGUAUUUUAAAGA